CAGGCCCAGCCGGCCAACACAUCCCUGCCCCGUCCCUUCCGGUGGUCUCCCCACGGUGGUCUCCCCACGUCUAGGUGAAGAUGUCUGCACAGGGCAGCUGCCUCAGUCUGAUCAAGUACUUCCUCUUCGUAUUCAACCUCUUCUUCUUCUUCUUAGGCAGCCUUAUCUUCUGCUUCGGCAUCUGGAUUCUUGUGGACAAGACCAGCUUCGUGUCCUUUGUGGGCUUGUCCUUCCUCUCCCUGCAGGUCUGGUCCAAGGCCCUGGCUAUCUCUGGAAUCCUCACUAUGGGCCUUGCCCUCCUGGGCUGCGUGGGGGCCCUCAAGGAGCUCCGCUGCCUCCUUGGCUUGUAUUUCGGGAUGCUGCUGCUCCUGUUUGCCGUGCAGAUCAUCCUGGGGAUCCUCAUCUCCACGCAGAGAAGGCUGCUGGAGCGGAAGGUGGAGGAAAUGGUGCUGGAGACCAUCCGGAACUACGGGGCCAACCCGGAGGAGACGACCGCAGAGGAGAGCUGGGAUUACGUGCAGUUCCAGCUCCGCUGCUGCGGCUGGAAUUAUCCGCAGGACUGGCUCCAAGUGCCCAGCCUGAAAGGCAACGAGUCGACGGGGUCCCGCGUGCCUUGCUCCUGCUACAACGCUUCGUCGACCAACAACUCCGCAAUCGCCGAUAGGGUCUCCAUCCCCCAACUCAGCCGGCAGGGGCCUCUGACGAGACCCAGGCGCAACACCGACCUCUGCCUGAUCCCGGCCGACAGGCACAUCUACCCAGAGGGCUGCAAGCAGAACCUCAAGAAGUGGCUGCAUAACAACCUCAUCUCCAUCGUGGGCAUUUGUCUGGGCGUCGGUCUACUCGAGCUGGCCUUCAUGACGCUCUCGAUAUUCCUGUGCAGGAACUUGGACCACGUCUACAACCAGCUCAGGCAAUACCGUUAGGCCCCGCCUCCAUCUCCUGACCUUGCCCCCGUUUCUGAUGCCUUGUAAAUAUUUGUUUAUUCCCUGGUGCGCCCCUCUCUGGCACUGAGCCCGCCGCUGCCACCUCAUUCCCUUGGGGACCCAGAUGUCCUGCCUGCCCUGAGCUGCCACGUCUCCCUGGGGACCCGGGGCUUCUGGCUAUAUCAGCUUUCUGUGCCCAAAGACACAUCCGGUAGCCUACCACUUUCCCUGCCAGGUUAUUGUCUGCCCCAAACCCCAAAUAAAUCCCCCGCGUCUUGGUAAAA